UAAUAAUUGACAAUGCACCGCGGUCCGCUGUAGUGAGUUCCCUUCACACUCUAUUCUCUCCCCAUUAUGUCAUCCCCAUCAACGUUGUGCCUGCGUUGUUGUCAUAUUUUUAGUACAUAACGUACACACGCACAUACGCUAUACAUCAUAUUUUUCUUAUAUCAAGUCGGCACUCGUCCCGAACACUUGCACACGACACUCGCCGAUCGUUGUUGUUUUUCUAAACACACACACGCACAACAUCAUACGCUAUCGCUCUCGACAAUGUCGUAUCGUCGUGCACUGCUACUCGCAGACGUUGGACCGUCGCCGCCGUGCCGUACGUUCUGGUGGAAAAAUGUGACGAUAGUGUAAAGACGUGACCGUGUCGUCCCGGGCGACUGCUCUACCGUUGACGCCGCUGCCGCCACUGUUGGUGAGUUAUUUACCUGUCCGUUCGCGUAUCGCACAGACUUCCGGUACCCGUCACCUUAAUGGCUGUACGAACGGGCGUGCGUUUACCCCACAAGCCGUGAGAUGAAAGCAAUAAACGUCCCGAUAACGUCACCGACUUACCAUUGUUUCAGUUACCAAUUAUGGACAAUGAUAUAUUGGAUGAGCGGUCAAGAGAAUUUUUAGAAACUGCAGAUGAAUAUAUAACUGAACAUGGACAUCAACAUGUGUCAGAAGAAGAUAGUAAACAGCUUGCUAAUAAUCAACACAAUUUGCCCGAAGAGUUUCGUAUUGAUGAAAAUGAAGAAUUGUCUCAUCAUACUACUGCAUAUUAUGACACAAGUGAUAUGUUGUCUGGUGAUGGGUCUGCAACACUUACAGAAGAUGACCAUCGACUAGCUAAUGAAUUAGCUGCUGAGCUUGCCCAACAAAACAAAUCUCUUGUUGAUGGUAGCCACCAUGAUACUCAUCUCAUGACUAGCUAUUUGUACAGUACUGAUUUUGAUUUAAACACAAAUGGUAAACAUUCAUCUCAAACAUCAAAUCAUAUCAAUAAUCAACAGAUUAUUAGUUCAGAAAGUUUAAUUGAAGUUGAAGUAUCAGAGUCAGAUUACCAUGCAGAAAUACAACAUAAUUUACCACACAAAAAACGUUUUCGUAAACGAGAAUCUGCUCCGACUCCAAUGAGAAGUAUUCAUCCAAAAUGUUAUAAAUGUAAACAAUGUGGUGAACAAUUUAAUUCUCAAUCUGCGUUUACUGCACAUAGAGCAAUACAUACCCCUAAAAAAGUUGGUGGUCGAAUGCCAUUUUUAUGUGAAAUAUGUGAUAAACAUUUUACACAUCAAAUAAAAUUUUUUGAACAUUUAAAGUAUCAUUAUGAACCACAACAAAGUAAAGUAAUAGUAGUGACAACUGAAUCUGGUACUUCUCCACAUCAUGUCAAUUAUCAAAAUCAUGUUGCUCAAGAAUCAGCAGAUAAUAAUGAAAAUCAUUAUAUUGAAGAAACUAUCGAAGGUCAACCUGAACUCCAUGACCUACCUCCACUUCAAAGUUACAGAUUAACUGAAGAAGAAAACAUGGAGGAUGAUAAACAUUGUUUGUUUUCAUCUGAUGGGUCUAUAUUGGCUGCACAACUUCAACAGCCAUUUCCUACAUGCCACCUCUGUGGUAGAAAUUUCCGUCGUCUAAAAGCAUUAGAAAUACAUAUGGCUUCUGUACAUCCUCAACCUGCAACUGUUGUUACUGUUAAACAAGACUGUUUGGAAGAGUUUUCUGAUCCUGAAGAUCUAAUGGAAGGCAUUCGUCACAUGGUGCCUGGUGUUGCUGAUACUGAAUCUGAAACUGACGAAAAACCACCAUUACAAGAUUGGGAAUAUAAUGGUGAAAGCAAUACAAACCAUGAAGAUACUACAAUUAAACCAAAACAAAAAGAAAAUAAUUGUUUAUUGAAUGAAAAUGAUGAUAAUGGUGAAAAUAGUCGGGCUGAACACACUUGGGAAGAUGAUACAGAUGAAUUGGAACAGAUAAUGAAGAAAAAUAUAUCAAAAAAUCUUGUGUGUACUCAAUGUAAAAGAAAAUUUAAUCAUCGAAAUUCUCUACUAUAUCACUUAAGAUCACAUUCUGGUAAACGACCUCAUAGCUGUAAACUUUGUCCUAAAAGUUUUUUUUCGAGCAGUGCCCUCAAGGUACAUAAUCGGCUGCAUACAGGAGACAAACCUUUUGAAUGUGAAUGGUGUGGACGGAAUUUUCGACAAUGGGGUGAUCUCAAAUAUCAUAUUGCUUCAUUACAUUCAGAGUCCAAACAAUUUCAAUGUGAAUUUUGUGGUAAAGACUUUGCUCGAAAAUAUUCGUUGAUUGUUCAUCGACGAAUACAUACCGGAGAAAAAAAUUAUAUAUGUGAAUUUUGUAAAAAAACAUUUCGAGCAUCAUCUUAUUUACAAAAUCAUCGUCGAAUUCAUACAGGUGAAAAGCCUUAUAAAUGUGAGACUUGUGGUAAAGCAUUCAGAGUACGCUCAGAUAUGCGAAGACAUACUGUUGUACAUAGAAAAGAUGCUGUUAACUCUGUUCAAAUUAGUAGUUAUACUGGUCCCGUGAAUGAUAUUGUCACUUCUUCUGAUAUGAGUAUCCAUUUAACCAAAUUAGAAGUGAAAGAAGACAAAAUAACUACAGAAUCUGACGUUGAUGUAAAAUUCCAUGAAAACUUUUCUCAUAAUUCCAAUCAACUAUUAUCUGCUGAUGGAGUUAGUGCACCUCUUAAUCUUAAUUUACGAGCUCAAGAUAAUGGUGAAAAUGAUGAAUCUUCUCAUUUUGAACAAUUUAACAGCCGUCAAGAUAUGAUUGAUCGCGAUACAAAUACUUUAUAUGUUUGGAUUCCAACAAAUACUGAACAACUAUUACAAAGUGAAUAAUUUAGUUUCUAAUAUCCAAAGAUUUAUAUGACUAUUAUUUUGUUGAAUUUUUGAAAGCGUGGUCAUGGAAGUCAUCAAAAACUCAAAUAAUUUUACUCUUUGUUAAAAUAGAUUUUCAAGAGUUUUUAUGUGUUGUUUAUGUCUGUUUCUAAGUCUGAUAUUAUGAAAUUAUUUUGAUACAUUUUAAUUACAAAAUUAUAUUUGAUUAAUUUCUAUCCAAAUAUUAAUCAAAUGAGAAAACAUUAACAAGGUAAAUUCAAAAUCACCCUCUAAACCAUUUUAUAAGUGUAAACAUUUGGGGCUACAAAACUUAUUAUGUGUAAUGUAUUAACACAAUUUGUUGAGUAUUUAUUAAAGAUUUAAUUAUAAUACUCUAUUAUUAACAA